UAGGCGUGGCUUCGCGCAAGGGGGCGGUGUCCCCGCGGCCUGCUCGCGCUCCCCGCGGGAGCCGGGCCUCCCUCGCCUGUCGACGUUGCCGAGCGAGGCCGGCCACCCUCCGAUGCCGGCUGCGCCGCGACCCCGCGCCGCCGCCAACGCCGCCGAGGCGGCCGCGCUCUCGGCCAACGAGCGCAUCCUGCAGGCGUGCCACGAUGCGUACACGCAUCCCGACAAGGGUCUCAUCGUCAUCGCGGCGGAGCUGGGACUCAGCCUCCUGCCACCUCGGAAGAAAAUCACCGUCAUGAUCCUGGGCAACCACUCGGCUGGGAAGAGCUCCUUCAUUAACUGGUAUGUAGAGGAGCACGUGCUGAGAACGGGCGUCGCCAUCGAGACACAGGGAUUCACAUUCGUCACGAGUGGACGCAAGCGGGAGUCGCUCACUGGAAAUGCGACGCUGCACUUGUACCCGCACUUCAAGGCACUGCAGGAGAUCAAAGGCGUGACCGAAUACCUGGGUACCGAGAUCUCCACUUCCAAGCAGAAGAAGUUCAGCCUUGUGACGUUCAUCGACACACCGGGCCUGGUGGACGGGGACAUGAAGUAUCCCUUUGACGUUGACAGCACCAUCCAUUGGCUCGGUGAGCUGGCAGACCUAAUAUUCGUGUUUUUCGACCCGAUGGGCCAGGCGCUCUGCAAGAGAACGCUCAACAUCGUGGAGCGACUCAACGAGCACCAGGGCGACAAACUGCGCUUCUUCCUGAGCAAGGCAGACGAGGCGGGCACCGAGAUCGACCGCCAGCGUGUCAUGAUGCAGAUUGUGCAAGAGCUGUGCAAGCGGCCAGGCCUGAACAAGUGUGGCUUCGACAUGCCCACCAUCUACAUCCCCAACCCCAACCGGGCGAGCCGCUGUGUCAAUCAGAUGGAGGACGUGUGCCGCACGAUUGAGAAGACCAUCGACCAGAUGGUGCAGACGACGCUGAACACGCUGGAGAGGGACUGCGACGUCAUCGCGCUUCACGUCACGCAGAAGCUCGCGGACGACAGCGAGGCGCGGCAGCAUAACCGAACGGCGUGGGUCCGCGGGCUGCUGUACGGGCUGCUGGCGCUGGUGCUGCCACUGUCGCUGCUGGCCGACUUGCUUCACAAUUCGCUCGAGUACGGCACCAUCGAGGCGGCGCUGGGGCCCAACCUCACCGAGCUGCUCUACGUGAUCUCGGUGCCGUUUAACCUGCUGUGGAACGUGGUCCCCGAGGAGAGCCACUCCACGGCCUUCCUCGUCGUGCUGGGGCUCACAGCCAUCCUCUUCUAUCUGGCCAAGAUGCCCAGGACGAGGUCUGUCCUCACCAAGAAAGGGAAGCGCCAGCUGCUGGAGAUCCACGAGUACGUGCGGGAGGUGGUGAAGCCAAGGAAGAGAGAGCUGUACAGGGAGUACUUGAAGCAGAGUGUUGGAGAGCAAGACAUGGACUGAAGCCUCACCACUUGCACCAUUCUGACACUUAGUACUUCCUUUUAGCCAGAAAGUCCUGAAUGCUGUUCCGAGAAUUAUUUUCGCAUGCUACAUCCAUCUCGCCUCGUUUCAUCCUACACCAGUUCGUAAGCUUAAAUUGAUAUAUAUUUCAAUAAGUUAGUAUUAUGGAUCGGCCUAGUGGUUAGUGGUAGUGCCUUAAGCCGGUAAUCCCUACUCCAUUUCAGCCGAGCAGCUCUCCGAGAAAUACGACUUGAGAAAUGUAACGUUGCGGAAGGAUACCCGCUCAGCGCGUCUCUGUUAUAUUUGAGCCCCUUGUUAGUAAGUGCUUGACUACCCUCACCUACUACCGCCCCUGUGUAUCACUGUGUGUGUGCUUUCAGUUGAAUCUCAUUUGUAUUGUCAAAAGCCCUAGUACAUGACACUGGAUUCUUUAAAAAAAAUCGAAACCACGCUAAA